CCGCUGCCAUGCUCGUCCGCAGUUCAAUGUGCCGGUGCCUCUAAUGUUGUCGAAAACUUGAGGCCAGCAAGGAUGCUCAACUUGUUGGUCUCCGACUGCGAGCUGAAAACAUUUUCGAUGCUUAGUGCUUGUGAGGAUUUACCCCUCUUCCAACAGAUCAAAACUGACGAGAAUUCUGACGAGCACGCAAACGGCCAGGUUCUGCAAUUUCCGGAUGCAAGUAAUUUCCGUCAUGAACGCGAUGCCAGAAGAACCUAAUAGACGAGAAGCGUUGAAGAGGUGGCUCCAGGAGUUCAUAAGUAAAGAGGGUAUCGAACUCAAACAGGAGGAUGACACUGGGUUGAUUCCAAAAGGGAGAUGGAAGCAACUCGUCAAGAAAAUUGUUGGAUCCGCAGAGGAACACAAGAGGGACAGGGACGCCUACCAGGGCUUUCGUUCGUGGACACUGGAAGUAAGGUCUGGAAGCUGUAAUUUAGUCAUCGAAAAUUGGCAUUUCGCGCUUCUUCUAGCCGUGGAUGCCAUUUUCCUGGUGUUAUCAUUAGAGGCUAAUUUGAUUUCCCAGUGUCGGGAGAACCAAGACUCCAGAUACGGCAGCGAUUUUCUGGACAUAAUAAAGCUUCUUACCGACGGCAGAUUGUUUGAGAUUAGGGAAUUCCUGAAAUGGGACAUGUGUCUCGUCGAAAACCAGGUCCCUCUGAGAUUGCUGCGUGCAGUCGUCGAGCUAAUUCCCGAAGGAGAAACGAAGGACAUGCGUUUUGAUGCCAUCAUCCAGCAUGCAGUCUGGAUAUCGUACCCGAUCCUCCCGAAGGACUCGGAACGUCAGUCCUGUGAGGAUUUUCUGGGCUGUUGUUGCCCCUUCUCGUGGGCUGACGAUCUCGAGGAUGGGAGCUGCAGUGCAGGCUGCUCGACAGACGACGCGUUCAAUUGCUUCCGAAAGGAUUGGGAGAAGAAUUACAAGAAGGCCUUCAAGCCCGAGAACUUCAAGCCCGAGAACUGGGCUCACAUUCUGCACUGCACGUACGUGGUGAGCAGCAAGAUGACCUGGCCUGAGGAACUCGAAGAGGGACAACGAGGUCCGCAGCGCUGGACGCUCGCGCGGGCGUGGUCGCGGUGGAGAGCCAGCGGGUCGAGAUCUCGACGGCACCGGAGCCCCUGGACCGAAAACCGGAUCCCAUCGGCGACCCACCUGCCUCACUUCGGCGUGAAACUCCGAGGCGGCGCGACGAGCAUCGCGUCGCCGUCGUUCGACACCGUCAGCAUCUGGACGGUUCUCAGCUCGAUGUGUUGCUUCGUGAGCCUUCUCGCUUGCUGCUUCGAGUCCAGCCGCUCGUCCAUGUGCACUGCGCGAUGGCAAGCCUGUCUCGAGUUGCCCAAGGUGGAGAUCUACACGGAGACGAAGCGCCUCCUGCGCAAUCUCACAGUUUACGAAGAGCUGGCUUACGGAUGCAAGAGAGUUCUGUGGCGCAACUACGUGAGGACCAUGCGCUGCCUGCUGGAGACGGAGGACGACGUGCUGCUGCUGAUUCGUUCCGGAGUUGUCCAGAGUCACCUGGCAGGAGCCCUGGAAGUCGUUCAAACGUGGAAGAUCAUCGACGACGGUCUGAUGGCGGCGCCUCUGGAAGAUCCAUGGAUCGAAAUCUACCAUAAUCUACACGAGCACUUGCGAAACAGAUGGAAGAAUUGGUACGCCAGAUUCUGGAUUGCCAAUUGUUCCAAUCCUAUAGUGGCUUGCUCUUUCGUCAUCUUCGUCAGUUUGUUUCUUCUUACAGCUCUUGGAACUUACCUCAACCUCGCCAAGGCCAAAGCCGAUAAACAGCUAAUGUGGCCUUGAAUCCGACACAAGUCAGCAUCUGCUGCUCGCCGUCAUAAUUCUAGUUGCAUAUCAGCUGGCCUUGCUGUUCUGGGUCUCAGACUGUCGCUGUGAACGAAGCUCAAUGUCGGUGUAGAUAAACGGAAAGUCUCUGGAGCUUAUGUGGCCGCUAAUUCUCGCGCUGCACGCUGUCUUACUCGUAGGAGGAAUGUUUUCAUGCAUUGUAAUUCUGAACAUCAUUGAGCAUGCAUGCAUUCGGCUGAAGAUCCAGACUUCCCACGAAAAAGGUGUUACCAUGAAGGUCCAAAAAAAAUCUCCACAAUGAAGUAAAUGCCAAUCAAAAGUCCUUGCCCAA